GUGGCUGGAGGUACAAGUUGCUAAUCUAACAUGUCCACAACGCUGGGUGCAGUAUCUCCGACUUCUUCAGGAGUCCAUCUGGCCUGGUGGGGUUUUGCCUAAGUAUCCACGGCCUGUACGGACCCAGGAGCAGAAAGUAGCUGCUGAAAAACAGGCUUUGCAGAGCCUGAUGGGAAUCCUGCCAGAUAUUGUAGUAGAAAUCCUUGGAGUAAACAAAUGCCAGCUGAGCUGGAGUCUGGUCUUGGAGUCAUUACAGGAACCCGUCAUUAACAGGCAUUUGAUUUACUGCCUUUGGGACAUCAUCCUGGAAUUCUUGGAUCUCAGUGCUUCUGUUGAGGAGUCUGCCAUCACCACCUCUGCCUCAGAUACCCCAGGCAACCCCAGGAGGAUGGGUGUCUCCCCUUAGCCAUAGGUUACUCGCUCGUUCUUUGAGGGCUGGGAAACGAGAGUUGCUCUCCUACCCCACGACCAGUCAGGAAACCUGUGCCGCCUGAACCUGGGCAGUAGCUCAGGAGGCCUGAGGUCCCAGGGGCACAGUUCUCCCCCAGCUCUACUCCACUUGUAGCCAGUGAUGGGGGAAAUACAUGCCAGUCGCAUGCCUGUCCAUUUCUAUACCUUGUUUUGUGAUGUUUAGAUCGUUGCUGGUGGAAAAGGAAUCUGUGAGGUAGAAGAAUGAGCCCCUUUUGCCUCUCCUUUGCCCUCCUUCCUAAGGUUGUUUUCCGGGAGCCUGACUCUGUGCAUAUAUGUUCCUAAUCCACUAACACACAAAUUGUAGAUAGACCAAGAGAAAACUGAUAACCGGAUUUCUUGGAGGAAUAGACCAUCUUCUACAGCUCUUUGUUCCCACCAAGAAACUGAAAAUUCAUUCAGGACCACUCUUGAAGGUGGGAUCCUCUGAGUUCUGUCUAGUUUCCCAACAAUUCCAAAGAAGGAGGGAAAACAUUUCUCAAGGGACUUUUUACUGAUUGGCUAUUUCCCAACACAUCAGUCCUAGGGAGAAUGGUAUUGAAGGCUGCUUCCCUGGGUGGCUACACUUUGCCUGUUCAGAAGACUUCAAAGUUGACUGCCAAAGCUUCUGGGUAGAUCCACCCCACCCUCCACACCCUUUCCUGAAAGAGAGUUGCAUCACAGAUUUUAUUUAUUAGCUUUCCUCCUAACCCCUCUCCAAGAGCAGUUGAGUUUGGUCUUUGUGACUUUCUCUCUGUCUUCCUUCAGCAGAAUCAUAUGGCAAGUUGCUUAGUCAACCCAGUGCUUCCAAAGGGAAGGGAAAGGCUUGCUCCUGCUCCGUGCCUGGGAAUAUGCCCAGAGAGGAGGGAACUCGGUGGGGGGAGGGGGUGCAGGUUUCUAGCAGGGGACUUUUAACUUGAACCGGUAAUAUUAGCAAACCUGCACGAAAAGCUUUUUACUUCCUGUUCUUUAAGGAUCCAGUUAUAAUUAGUCUUUAGGGACACUUGAAGAUGGAGGCAAAGGUACUAUAUCAGACACUAUAUAGUGUCUUAGAAGAAUGGAACAAUUAGGAGAAAUUGUUGCUAGGUAAGAGGCAGACAGAAAGUCACAAGGGAAGUACUGCACAUUAAAUGCAUGUGAGUAGCUGACAGGGUUCAAGAGGGUCACUGGGAGACCGUUGCCCCCCUCAUCCCUUUAGCUUUGCACUUGCCUGUUAGAGCCUUGCUGUCACUGAGUUGUGGAUCCUCCCAUUUGGAAGGGGAUAUUGGGGUAAGACAGCAAUGAGAUGGAUCUAGAACAAGUGUCAGGUUCCCUUAGACUCUGAAGUAGAUGAUGUGCACACAAUUAAAGUGGUUUAUGGGA